UACAAUUCUUUUAAAACUGAUUUCAGAAUAUUUCAGAACGUGAGACUCGUUUCAUAUAAUGUCAGUUCUGUCUUUAGUCGAUGCUCAUACCUGAAAAGCAUAAAGUAAAAAUUAUACGAAAAUAUCUUAUUUCUAAUAUUGCUUAGGAAAUAUUAUAUUGUAAAUAAAUAGAAAUAUUAAUCAUGAAUAACCCAACAUUCUUAGAUAUAGAUGAUACAAUAUUAAUGAAAAACCUAAUACUACCUGGAAAUACACCAAAAAAUGAUAUGUUAGAAGAACAAUCUAAUUUUAAACCUUUCUUCACUAUUCAACCUACACCAGGUAUAUGUGUAAAAACAAGAAGUGAUAAUGGAGAAAAAAUAUUCUUAAACAUAUGUACAUCUGACAAAAUACCAUCACCUGAUGAUAUAUCAGAUGCAAAACUUUUUGAAAUAUUGUCACAAGAAAAUCCAGAAUUUGUCAUACCUAUGAGUAUUGGAAGUGAAAGAUUUGAAACUGAUAAAGGUGGAUCUCUUUGUUUGACAUAUGAUAUUGUUAUUAAUACAAUAUAUUUUGAGAAAUGCCAAACAAAUAAAAAUUUUUUACUUUUCACGAUAUCAGUUGUAAUGGAUGGUGUAUCAAACAAAUUUGACAAAACAUUAAAUACAGAGGAUUACGUAAUUCUUAAAAAUAAAAAAGUUUUAGGAAAAUUACAACAACACAGAAUUGAAGAUCGUAAGCCAAGAACUUGCACACAAACUGAGAAACAAUUAAUUGAAGAAAUUAAUACUCCUGUUCAAGAUAUUUAUGAGGAAGAAAAUAAAAAUAAAUUAAAAAUUGUUUCUUCAGAUACUGUUGUUAAUUUAAAACAGAAUUAUACAUUACUGAAAUGUUUAAAAGAAACAUCUGUACAUUUGAUUGGUUUAUUUCAAAUACCUAGUGGGAUUACAAAAGAGGAGAUAGAAGUACUUCUUAAUCAAGAUCGUAUCGUAAUUACUAUUGAUAAAACUGGUUUCACAUAUGAUUUAUCAGUUCCAUAUAUCAUAAAUAUAACACAAACAAAAUGUGUCCUAGACAACAAUUACAGAAUAUUAAGAUUAGAUAUGCCUGUGGAAACAGUUUUAGGAAACAUUAAAACAAGUUAAUUUAAUCAAUUAUUUUAUUAUAACAAAAAACAGUUUAACACUUAUUUAUAUUGUAAAAAAGUAAAAUAUAAAUUUUAUUAUUAAUUA